AUGGACACGCUAUUAUUAUUGGAGAGGGAUGCAGCAGAGUUGUACACUCGAACAAUGUUUUAUGAGGUACAGAAAGAGAUAAUGUCAUCCUGUUAUGAUAUGAGUAUCAACAGUAUAUCAGAAGAAGAUGGUGUGAAGAUUUUUUCCUUAAAGGACAAAAAGAGACAUGGAAAAAUAUUUGAGGUGAAACACGCUUAUUUGAACAAUGACGUGCAAUGUACGUGUAGGCUGUUUGAGAAAAUGGGUAUAGUAUGUAGACAUGGUUUUUUUGCACUGAACCAAGCUGAUGUAACAAAAAUACCAAGACAUCAUGUUGUGAACCGAUGGACAAAAGGUGCUGAGAUGAGGCAUUCAUUGCAGUUCAAGGAAAUAUCAGAACAGUACAAUGCAAUUGAAGUUACAAAUCGCAAGUUGAAUGAUAUAUGGUAUGAUUUCCAAUCUUGUGUGAGUUUGGCAGGUUUAGAUGGUGAGAGACUUGAUUACCUGGAAGGGAAGUUGAAGGAGUUGAAGCACAGUUUGCGUGAAUCUAGUUGGAAAUCUGACACACAGAACAAAAAUGAUGUAAUGGAGUUUUUUGUUGGCUCAAAAAUACCAGCGGAAGUGAUCGUUAAACCUCCCAUUGAAGGUAGAAACAAGGGUUGUGGACGGAGAAUUGUUGGUGAUUAUGAGAAAUCAAUUACUCAACGAAAGAAAAAGGUGCCAAGGCUGUGUAAUAUGUGCAAAAAAAUCGAUUUCCAUGACGCACGGACAUGCCCAUUAAAGAAAACAAUACAGCAAAGUGAUGUUUAA